UCCUAAGGGAUCAACGCACCCCACACCCAGAUUGAACCAAAAAUCGACUAUAUUACCCUUGGCAUCCUUGUAAGACACAAUGACCUCGUCUGAAAUCGUCACGGCGAAGAGAUGAUCGGUCCUACUAUAGAAGCCUUCUGGCGUUGUUCUUACGCCACCCCAUUGGACAACAUGGGGAUGCAAAGAUGAAGUCCCAUAUCCGAGUAAUUUGAGGAUAAAAAGGGCUUGGGGAUUCUGGUGGGGAAUCAAGCAUUGCGCGAUCUAUUACGAUCACGUCUUAGUAGCAGGCCAUCUUCUAAUAUGGAAAUGAAGAAGGCCCGUAUAUAUAAAGAGGCGGGAGAGCACACUCAAAAGGGCACGAUUCUCACAUUCCCCCACAUUCCAGUAUAGACCUCCACACAUUCUACGUUUCCGAUCAUGCAAUACCUUCUCACAGUGCUCGCGGGCGCCUCCACGGCGCUGGCAGCCCCAGCCCUCGUGCAACGCGCCAACGGAACUAUCCAAUGCCCCAUUGUCUUUGACGGCCGUAUUCCGACCUCAUUCUCCGCUAACCCCUCCCUCUUCGACACCUACGCGACCAACACUAUCUAUAACCCAGACUAUGUCAAGGGUACUGAUCUUAAGUGGUCCACGAUUCUGAAGUUCCCAGGCGGUGCGGUCUCGCGUUUUGAUGGCGCCGACCACGUGCCCGUCGAGGUCACCAUCAGCGACAAGAGCAUUUUCCAGACGCAAAAGGGGUUCCGUAGGGCUGGGCUGCAAUUUUUGAAAGACUCGGCGGAUGGCGAAGGUCAGAAGGGGGUCAAGACGUUGCAUUUUAGUGUGAAGCAAGAUGCUGCUAGGCCGCUUAACUUGACGCAUGAAUACCUCAACGUAUGGCACGAGACGGCAGACUACUCCGCCAACCAGUGGAACUUCCAAACCGGCACCAUCAUCGGGCAGUCGUCGGCCAACAAGGAAGACUUCAAGAUCAUUGACCGCAAUGGAAAGUCACUAUAUGCCGUGAAGCAGGAUAAAUCUAGCUGGCAGAACUUUGCUCUCAAGUUUGAUUACACUAAGAACCAACUCACAACAUACUACUCCGUUGGUGAUGCUGCUCUCAAACUCGUGGCGGGCCCGACAUCUACCAACCUCGCAGGUGGCGGCCAGUUCCAAAUCGGCAUCCUGAAGAAGCCCACGGGAACUUCCGACGUUGUGAACGGCGGAUACCAGGAGAGCAACCUCAAUGAAGGCCAGAUCUAUGGUGGGAUUUUCCUUGAGGACAGCUCGGAUGGGUGUGUCUCUUUGUAGAUGAGUGAAUCUUUCGAGUGAUUUAGCAAAUGAGACUUCGUGUAUAUACUGUAU